AUGGAAAAACCCCAUGACCCCAAACCCAUGCACAUCGAAAAAGCCAUCGCUAUCACUGAAGAUGUCAAUCCCGCCCUGGACAAGCGCCUCAACCGCAAAUUCGACCUCCGCAUUCUCCCCUGGCUCUUCGGAAUAUGGCUCUUCUCCUUCAUCGACCGCAGCAACAUCGGCAACGCCCGCAUAGCCGGCCUCACCACCUCCCUCUCCAUCCCCACAGGCACACGCUUCAAUAUCGCCCUCCUCGUCUUCUACAUCCCCUACAUCCUCAUCGAUGUGCCCUCCAACCUACUCGUCAAGCGUCUGCGCGCCGGCAUCUACUUGCCCACCCUCAUCACAUGCUGGGGGCUAGUAUGCACAAUGAUGGGCUUCGUGAAAACGUUUGCGGGGCUGGUGGUUUGUAGACUGCUGUUGGGGUUGUUCGAGGGGGGCAUUCUUGGGGGUGUGAUUAUUUAUCUUGCGAUGUUUUAUCGGCGCGGGGAGAUGUUGCUCAGGAGUGGGUUGUUUUAUUGUGCUGCGCCGCUUUCUGGGGCGUUUGGGGGUUUGUUGGCGAGUGGGCUGGCGAGGAUACGGGUUGGUGGGUAUGAGAGGUGGCCGUGGAUAUUUUUUAUUGAGGGUGCGGCAACGGUAGUUUUUGGAAUUGUGUGCUUCUUCUUUAUGCCGGAUACCCCUGCUGCAGCGCAUUUUCUUACGGAUGAAGAGAAAGAGUGGGCACUGCGUCGGAUGCGUAUUGAUGCAGGUGGAUCUUCCGAUGUUGAUGUGGAUGACGAGAAGUUUAGUUGGUACUGGGUCAAGAUGGCACUCUCAGCUCCUCAAACAUAUCUCUCUGCUUUCAUUUGGUUCUUUCUCCUAGUUCCCUUAUACGUGAGUAUCAUAAAGCCACCAAGUUUCUCAUUAUUCCUCCCGAGCAUUAUAGCGGGAAUGGGAUAUCAAAGUACAACAGCACAGCUCUUUACUGUACCUCCAAACAUGGCCGCGUUUAUUACAGUCAUCGGCACAGCGUAUGCCUCUGACCGACUUAAGAACAGAGGAUACUUCAUUAUCGGAGGUUGUGUUCUGGGUAUAUGUGGAUAUGUAAUGUUGAUCGUGGCAAAGACCAACGCAGUGCGGUAUGGCGGGACCUUCUUGGUUGCUAUUGGUGUCUUCCAGGGCUCGCCUAUGCUCAUGGGCUGGGCAUCAAACAACCUCGCUCCACACUAUGUGCGAGCUGUUGGGAUCGGGCUCAUCAUCUCCAUUGCGAACUGCUCGGCCUUCAUCGGAACGUUCAUAUAUUUACAGCGCGACGCCCCGAGAUACAUUCUAGGACAUUCGAUUAGUCUUGGGGCAUUGGUCAUUACAAUCAUCUUAGCAGGUAUGCAAUGUCUGUAUCUCAGCUGGGAGAACAAGAAGAGGGAGAAUGGCGAUAGAGAUGACAGGAUACUGCAAAGCGAUGCUGGCACACUUGGACAUCAGCAUCCGAGCUUCAGAUUUACGCUCUGA